AACAAUGAGAGACCAAAAAGAAAAGGCAAAUUCAUCAGAUAUUUAUCGACGAAACAAGGACGAAUCUCAAGUUGCUCUCUCUCUCUCUCUCUCAAAGUUUCGACAUGGCAAAAUUCUGCGCUCACGUCUAGGGUUUCUCACUCCAAGAUCUGUUCAUCACUCACAUUAAUUUCAUGUGGUCAAUGCAAGGAGGUGUUGCAAAGUUCAAUCAAAGUAGCUGAUAAAAAUGUUUCAAUUGGGAUUUGAUCCUUUCACAAGAGCAAUAGGGGAUAUUUAACUCAUUAGCCAAAUUUAUAUUGGAUAGUUUUGGAGUGGAGAAGCUUUCAAUAUAUUCCAAGAUAGCAGAAUAAACCACCGGCUAGUUCAAGGAUGGGAAAGGACGUAUCACUUUAUGUAUUAAGUUUUACCGGACUCACUAGUGCCCUAUAUGCAUCAAGAAAAGCAUUUGAAAAAAUCAAUGCAAUACAUACUGUAGCUUUGAUCCGAAUUUUGAAUGGUCAAUUAUUGAGUGUUUUGAAGACUGUAUGAGAUGCAUUGAAUCAUUGAUGUUGUAAAAAUGCUGUAUAAGUACCAUCACAUCACAGAUAAAUAUCUUUCAAUGUUUGAAGAGUAUACAUAGGAUUUGGAAGAGCUAGAUUUGUGUAUUUGUCUUAUUGAAGAUUAAAAGCAUCUUUGUAAUCUUGUUGGUCAAAUAAACUCAACAUCAAUUUAGCGGCCCUGGCAUGCGCUCUCUUUAAUAAUCACACCCACCAACUAGUUAUGGAUGACCAGGAAGAGUCUGUCUUAUUUGAGACUUGCAAGCUGGUGGCAUUGCUAAAGGUUUAGGCAUUCAUUAAGAAAUGCUUAGAUUCACUUUGAUGUAUCAUAUUAGGAAAACCUGAUUGUGAGCAAACAGUAUCAGGCCUUGAUGGGUGUUUGAUAUUAUUGCCAAAGCUUGUUAUCCCAAUAAACCUUACAAAACUAUCUUCUCUGGAGGACAUUAUAUGAACUUAUAGGAUAUUCAUUCAACCCUGACUUUUGACUUUCACACAACUGCUGAUGCUGUGCUAUUUAGAUUCUGUUUUCAUGUUAAUCUGGCUCGUCAGGGAAUUAUACAUCCUUGAAUUCCCCCACUGGCAGUGAUCGCACCCUUCUUUUAAAGUUUUUUUGAAGGGAGGUUUCAUUGACUUGGGGACAUGGAGUAAAAAGGAGAACUUGGUGCCAUAAAGUUCGCUAUAUGUGUUCAAGGGAACAAAGAUGAUGAAAGAUGUGGGAAAAUGGGACAGAUAUAUAAAGCUUCACGCUAGGCUAUAUUAUUGGAGGUCAUGCAUAGCUACGUUUUUUAUUGGCCUUUGCCUCCUUGGCUAAAGUCUAGCAUCCUCUUUCUGUGGAAGGAGGAUUUCUUCCGCUGUAAUGGAGAACACCAAAUUCCCUUCUUGCCCACUUAAUAUAUUUCUAAGUAACUGGGUUGUUUUGUUAUAAUAAAUAUAUUUGUUCGGAAAAAUCAAGGAAAUUGAAUCACUGACACUGUUGACUUUUGACAAAACUAAUGGAAAAGAAAACAAAGUAAAGUAAUACCAAAUCUCCCAGCCAAAGGGAAAACCUGUGGUCCCCCCCUAUUAAGAUAUUUUUCUCUUACUAUCUUUCUUGCAAUAAGUGGUAGAAAAUCCUGUCGGUUCCUUUUGUGAAUUCAACCAAUCUGUGUGUUGUACUCUAUGAUGUCUAAGCCCAAUACAAUACUUGACACACAACUGAUUUUAUCAUAGAACUUGGAAAAAACAGUAACUGAUUUUUUUUGUCUCAGUGCAUUAUAUGCAUAUGAAAUGAAUAGAAUUUUCAGCUAGUGGUUUCUCUAUGGGAUAUAUAUGUUCUUUGCUGUUUCUUUAUUGAAGUUUCUUGUGUAUUCUUUGCUUGUUUUUGCUGUUAGGGAGGAUUGUGGUCCGUGGAUCCUCACGAUCUAUAUCAGAUGGUUGAUUAUUUGUCUUGACUCUUUAGUUGUUGGUGCAAAACUUUGGUUAGGGUUAACUAUUGAAGAGUUGUAGUUUUGUUGCAAUUACCUGCUUUGAUACUUUAAUUUUUUCUUUUUGGUCUUGGGGAUGCCCUACCACUUGGAUGGGGGGCAUUGGGACGUGAUCAAACCUCUCCAACAGACCACAUAGUUGCAUUAUAUCCUGUGUCAACUGAUCCAACUCUCUCUAGCUUGAUACUUGAUGUUUUAUUUGCUAGAUUGGUCUAUUAUUUAUUUUAUAAUUUCUGUGUAAUUUUCCUUGUACCUUAUAGUCCUUUAGUGCUUAAAAGUUAGUUGAAGAACGAGUAGAUUUUAAGUUUUGGGUGAUUUAUUUGCUGUUGUUAAUUCAGAGCACACUGUAUUAUCAAAGAGAGGCUUUAUUGUUGACAUGAGUGGAACCGACAGAAAGCGCUCUUCAAAGUGGGAUUUGGGCGAUGAGCUUGAAUUCUCACCUGGUAGCAAGCAAAUGCGGCCUGGGUGGUCUUCUGCAGAUGUUGCUGGUAGAAAUAGUUCAAAACGGGCUUAUUCACAAGGAAAUGAUAAAUUAAGACCUGUUAUGGGAUUUUCAUCAAAGGAAUUUUCUGGAGGCAGAGGUUCAAAUAAGGACGGUGAUUUGAAUAAAGAUCAUAGAGUUGUGGAUACAAGAAGAGAAUGGGACACUGAUGGAAAUUACAGCAAAAAGAUGUCUCCUUGGCCAGAGGAACGGAAACAGCAGAGGCAUAGUCAAUCCCCCAAUAAUGGUUGGAGCAGGAGCAGUCGGAGCCGGAGCCGGAGCCCUCCUCGUGGUUUUAGGAGCAGUCGAAGCCGGAGCCCUCGUGGUUUUAGGUGGGAUUCAGGAGUCGACGAUAGAAAAAGGAUGAGGGUUGGAGGAUCAACACAACCAUGCAGAGAUUUUCCUGCUGGUAAAUGCAGAAGAGGCAGUCUUUGCAAUUUUCUACAUGAUGAUAACCAAAAUCAUGAUAAUAGUUGGGAAAGUAAGCACUGGGAAGAUGGAGCUCCUAGAUAUUCUGCUCCUCAUGAGAGCGUGGACCAUUCUCUUAAGAGUGGUAGAUCUAAUGAAGCCUGUAUAAAUUUUGCAAAAGGCAGGUGUAGAAUGGGAGCAUCUUGCAAGUUUGUGCAUGAUGACGACUCUGAUGGAUAUGGUAAAGUUUCUAUGGAUGAAUUCACUAGAGAAAGAGAAAUCAACAGAAGGCAUAGAGAUAGUUCUUUUGAGCAGGGUGGCGGGCAUGCGCCUAACCGCACUAGUGAUACUCCUUGCAAAUUUUUUGCUAAUGGCAAUUGUCGUAAUGGUAAAUAUUGUAGAUUUGCUCAUGAUAAGCAAGCAUGUAGGAGCCCUAAUAGAAGAUUAAGGGAUGAUAGACGGGCCAGCAAUCCAAGUGGAGAUCGUCAAAUGUUGGAUAGACGAAAAUCGAGCAAUUCCAUCAGUCCUGAUAGAAGGCUUAAAGAUGAUAAGCGGGGUUUGGAUGGCGAUGUGGCUGAUCCAGAUAUAGUUGGGGACAGUCCAAAGCAGAACGAUACAGUUUCUGUAACUGAUACAGCAAAGCUGAUCGAGAACAAAAGUGGAAAUGUCGGUGCCACAGAGCGAGGAUCUACUGCUUGGCCUAUGACGGAUGGAUGGGAUCAUGGUUUAGAUAAGAGCAGACUGCAUGGUAAACCAUCAAUUUCGAGUGAUAAGAAGGAAGCCGAUCGUUGGAUAGCAGAAAAUACUGGUGCCAACAUGCAUGGCUCCCAGCCAAUAGGUACAGACAUUUGGCCGGGUGAUGCAGAAAUGUCUCCUGAUUGGAAUUAUAGGAUGGGAUCUUCCAGUCAUAUGGAAGAACCUGGACAGAAUAAGCAUGGGAUAAGCCAGGGUGGUACUUAUUUAUCUACCUCUGAACACAGCAAAAUACAAGUUGCUCCAGGACAAGGCAUCAAUCAGAUUACUCAGAAUGUAAAUCCUUUGCAUACUUCCAGCUCUCAUGCAAUUGGGCAAAGUCAAGUGGCCGUUCCCAUUCUUCCUUCAAGAGAAGGAAUUGUUGAUGCUAUGCACAGCCAAGAAGUCUGUACUGAGAAAAAGUACACCAUGGAACCUAAUAUCAUGGAUCCAGGCUUAUCUCAUGUUAGUUCAAGAAACCCUUCAACUCAGAAUGAAGUAAGCAAUGAACAGCUUGCUCAACUCACCAAUCUCUCAGCCUCUCUAGCUCAUAUCCUUGGAGCAGGUCAGCAGCUGCCGCAGCUAUAUGCUGCUUUAAAUUCUCAUGAUUUAAAGGACAGUCCUUCCCUAGCAAAAACUCAAGUGCCUGCAAUACCUGUUUCGAUUGCAUGCUUCAAACCAGAUCCAGCUGUUGGACUCCCGAAGCCGUAUGAUCCAAUGCAUGAUAGUAUUGAGCAAAAGAACGCGGAUGCAAGUGGGGUGCUCCCAGCUAUUCCUCAAAGUAAAAAUAUUGCUGAAGUAGAAACUCUCUCGCAGUUGUCUAAAUCUGGAAGACAAAAUUGUGGUGAUUCUAUUAAGGCUGCCUCCUCAGAAUUUGUCAAGAGUGAUAAUCUAAUCCAGUUGCAGCCUGGUCAAAACACAGUGGUUAACAAGGAUAACAAUGAAGAGGUUGCUAAGGAAAGGCAAAGCUCUCAAGAUGGUCAUCAUAAAAGUACAAAAGAAAAUGGUCCGCAAAAUAUGGACCAAAAUGGUGGGCCUGACGAUGCCAAUAAAGCAAAGGAUAUGAAAGGGAUUCGUGCAUUUAAAUUUGCACUGGCUGAGUUUGUUAAGGAGCUUCUGAAACCAACAUGGAAAGAAGGUCAAAUCACUAAAGAAGAUUAUAAAACAAUUGUGAAGAAAGUUGUUGAUAAAGUAACUGGUACCAUGCAGGGGGCCAAUAUUCCUCAGACACAAGAAAAAAUUGACCACUAUUUGUCAUUUUCAAAACCAAAGCUCAACAAACUUGUUCAGGCAUAUGUGGAGAAGGUUCAGAAGUCUUAGUGCAAUUAUAGAAACGGCUGCCAAAUUUACUCGGUGUUUAUUCUCUUCAAUGUGUACUUUUGCUUCUUAACUCUGGAAUUCUUUUGCCCAUUGUUCGUGUACCUUGCUCCUUAUCUUUGCAGCUCUUGUGUACGUUUAAGAGCUUUCUUUUUGGGUGUUAAUCGUUUUUCUUUGUUUUUGCGGGAUGAAUAUGUUGGGUGUCUGUGCUGUUAGUUUGCAACUUCAAUGUUAGGCAAUUGGUAUGUGGGUUUUUCUUUUUCAAAACCAGUUUAUUGUAAUCAUAGGAGACACCUGUUUUAUUCCCUUUCUGAAACAGAAAGAAAUGGAACCAAAAGCUGAUGAGGCCUUCCAAUUGGAUGUUAAUUCUUUCAAGCUGUUGUAUCCUUUAAACGGAAGGUCUCGAUUCUCAAUAGUAUGGUUGUGUGGCAGUCGUUCUUUAUUUCUAUUCAUAAUUCUAAACAUUUGGCAGUACGAACUUCUUUUGUUAGAAUAUAUAAGCAUUACUAUAAUCUUGAA